AAAGAUCCGACUCGAAAGAACGAUUCGUUUACGAAUCGGACACCGCAACUGUCAACAUGGCAGAUGAAGCCACUAGAAAGGCAGUUUCUGAUAUACCACUUUUAAAAACAAAUUCAGGACCAAGAGACAAAGAACUAUGGGUUCAGAGACUUCGAGAAGAAUAUUUAGCUCUCAUAAAGUAUGUUGAAAAUAACAAAGCAGCUGACAAUGAUUGGUUCCGUUUGGAGUCCAACAAAGAGGGUACAAGGUGGUUUGGAAAAUGCUGGUAUAUUCACGAGCUUCUAAAAUAUGAAUUUGACAUGGAGUUUGAUAUUCCAGUUACAUAUCCUGCCACAGCACCUGAAGUGGCCAUUCCUGAGUUAGAUGGGAAGACGGCGAAGAUGUACAGAGGUGGAAAAAUCUGCCUGACAGACCACUUCAAGCCACUGUGGGCAAGAAAUGUCCCAAAGUUUGGUCUGGCUCAUCUAAUGGCUUUGGGACUUGGACCAUGGCUUGCAGUUGAGAUUCCAGACCUCAUUGCAAAAGGCAUAAUUGAACAUAAAGAACAGCAAAACAGCUGAAAGUAGCCGUAGCAUCCUUUGCAUUUCACUAUGUCUUAAUGAUGCAAACACAAAUGAGGUUUUAACACAUUUUGUCAAAAUCAUGGCUACCUACCACCCUGUGGUUUC